CGCUUUGGUUGUUCAGUCGUAAAGUUGACCAGUGCCUGAUCAGUUGUGCUUCUAAUUUCCUCCCAUCUCGUGCCUGGAAAUUUCUGUGAAGUGUUGAGGAGUUUUUUUCUUUGAAUUAUUGAAUGAUUUGAUUGUUGAAUCCUCCGAAGAAAAAAAAAUUCUUUGUAUCCUUGUGCUGGAGAAGAGUGUUAUGGGAAUAAUGGGAAAUUCAAAUUCAAUUUGUGUGGAAAAGAACGAGAACAAUGGACACCCUGGUGUCUAUCGCAACGGUGGAGUGGCAGCAGCAGGUCGUCGUCGGUGUGGUGACGAGACGCAAGCGCGGAAUACAGAGACAAAAUCAGGCUACCAACACCACUGCCCGUGCCCAUCGAGAGGUGGAAAAUCAGUCGAUUCAUCGGCUUAUCGUCGGUGCUUCUGUACAAAUAUGAGUGAUUACCAGAGUCUGGAUCGUAUUGGGCAGUGGCCAACGGGAAUUGAGGGUGAUUCCGAAGUUCCUGGAGCCCUGUCUGGCCUCGAAAGGCUCAGGAUUGGACGCUACAAUAAGGGUUUGGCAUACUCGAGGAGUGAGAGACAAUUGCUGGGAAUCCAUGGGCUCCUCCCGGCCCGUGUAAAGACUGAUGCUGAGCAGGUGGAGCACUGUGAAAUCCUCCUGGAUCGCUUGGAGAAUGAAUUGGAUAAAUUCGUCUACCUCAUGGGUUUGCUGGAUCGCAAUGAGAGACUCUUCUUCAAGCUCGUGGCUGCGAAUACGGCAAAGAUUAUGCCCCUGGUGUACACCCCAACUGUGGGAUUGGCGUGUCAGAAGUACAGCCUGAUUUAUCAGUGGCCCCGUGGGAUGUUUAUCACGAUCAAGGAUAAGGGGCAUGUGUACGAUGUGCUGAAGAAUUGGCCAGAACACGACGUGCGUGCAAUUGUGGUGACGGAUGGUGAGAGAAUUCUUGGUCUGGGAGAUUUGGGAGCCAAUGGAAUGGGGAUUCCUGUGGGAAAGUUGGCCCUCUACACGUCCCUCGGGGGCAUAAAGCCACAUCAGUGUUUACCGAUUACACUGGACGUCGGCACGAACACGCAGUCAAUCCUCGAUGAUCCCCUGUACAAUGGAUUGAGACAGAAGCGUGUAACUGGGCAGGAGUACGAUGACUUCAUUGAGGAAUUCAUGGUGGCUGUUGUGAGACGUUUUGGGCGCAAUUGUCUCAUCCAAUUUGAGGACUUUGCCAAUGCGAAUGCAUUUAGACUGCUGGACAAGUACAGGAAUAUCUAUUGCACGUUCAACGAUGACAUUCAGGGAACAGCAUCCGUGGCUGUGGCUGGAAUUAUUUCCUCGCUGAAGAUCACAAAAACCCGCAUGAGUGACAAUGUAUUGGUAUUCCAGGGAGCUGGUGAGGCUGCUCUGGGGAUUGCGCAUCUCUGUGUGAUGGCAAUGGAGGCAGAAGGAACAUCGCACGAGGAGGCGAAGAAGAGGAUUUGGCUUGUUGAUUCCCGAGGAUUGAUUGUGAAGGAUCGCCCAAAGGGUGGAGUGACUGGGGAGAAGAUUCACUUUGCACAGGAUCAUGCUCCAAUUGAUAGCCUUGCUGAGGUUGUGAGCACCGUGAAGCCGACAAUUCUCAUUGGUGCUGCAGCAAUUGCGGGCGCCUUCACACCGGAAAUCCUCCAGACAAUGGGAAAACUCAAUGAUCGUCCUGUGAUCUUUGCCCUCUCCAAUCCUACCGCUAAAGCUGAAUGUACAGCUGCUCAGGCGUAUGAGCACACAAAUGGACGCGUCAUCUUCGCCUCUGGAUCACCCUUCCCACCUGUGGAGCACAAUGGACGCACUUACGUCACGGGUCAGGGCAAUAAUGCCUACAUUUUCCCCGGAAUCGCCCUCGGGGUCAUCUCAGCGGGCUGCCUCACCAUUCCCGAGGAGAUCUUCCUCAUCUCAGCCAAGUGUUUAGCCAACUUGGUGCAUGAUGAGGACUACGAGAUGGGCAAUGUGUACCCUCCGCUGGAGAGCAUCAUGACGUGCUCCCUCAAGAUUGCCGCUGAGAUCAUGGAAUAUGCUUAUGCGAAGGGGCUUGCGCAGUUCCAGCCACAACCGGAGAACUACGAAGAAUUCGUGCGGUCACAGCUCUACAAACUCGACUAUCCAGCCAGUUUUCCGGCUGUCUAUCAAUGGGAAUAGGUAUUUUCAUCGUUUUUCCUUCAUUUUUGUUUUAUAAAAUCAUUUUACAGUUCCGCUCAAAAAUCUUCGCGCAAAAGAAAAAUCAUUUUAAGACGAAAUUAAGCAUGGGUCCAAAAUUAGAGGGCAAAGCAAUCGAUUUAUGUUGAGGAUUUAUGUCAAGAUUUAUGUAGUAUUAAAAUUUUAUGUAAAUGUCUGCAAUUAAAUUGAAAAUUUUAUGUGAAAGGGAAUUAAUUUAAGAACAACAGGGAGGGGCAAUUGAGGUGCAAUGAAUCACUUAUUUUUUGCUUGAAGAAAACGAAUUACAAACAACGCUAAAAAGACAAAAAAACAAGGAAUUAAGAAAGGAUUAACAUCAACAAACGAGAGCAAUAAUAUUGUUAAAAAGCUCCUUUGAAAUUGCGUCAAUAUUUCUUGAGCGGUACUGUUACAUCCUCCAUAUCAAAAUCCUUCAUCUAAUAUCCAUUUUAUCUUCUAAAGAAUCUUUUUUUCUUCUUCUAUUCCAACAUUUUAAUUUUCAACUUACAAGCAUGUAUAGAAAUGUAUAAAUAAGAGAGCAGAAUAAUAUAUAAUUAUUAAAUAAAUUAACAAGGUGUCCACAUAAAAUAACUCAAUUCGUCCCUGUGGCGAAGCAAAAAGAAAAAAUUGAAGAACAAAAUGAUAAUAAAUUAUUAAAUAGAAAAAUAAAUAAAAAGUAUAAAUGUUGCAAAAAAAA